CCUCUUCAUCGUGGUUAACCGUUCACCGCUGGACCCCAUCAAGAUAUGUCGACGUUCACAACUACUUCAAGACGUCAAUAUGCUCUUACUGGCGCUUUGCAGAAUUCUUCAUGCACCUCAAGAAAAGUGACUCCACCCUAGAUGUGGAUGUUGCUUUCGAAUCCUGGCAAAGCAACCUCCAGAUCCUCAAGGCUGGUUACUGGACACCGACCGUGAUUGUCAGUUUGUGCGAGCGUUAUCUUCAAGAGCCUCAGCCUAAACUCGUGGAGCUUGAGGAAGCACCUGAAAUCGACUCGAAGGGAAAUCGAAACACGAACUACAAAGCUCGCAAGGAAGACUUGGAAAAACUGGAGAAGGCUCUUUACAGAUCCCUCGUCCAAAUUAUUCAAGAGCUCCCUGAGAUGUCCUCGGACCAGCUUGAUGCUCUGCGUGUCUAUGGAAUUAUAUUCUCGGGACUCAAGGUCGAGUUCCUCGAAGCUCGAUGCAUAAAGGGCAUCGUCGUGGUGUACAGCGUGUACACUGGCGCUGUCCCGGAUAACAUAAUUUCAGUCUACGGUUUCGCAGACUUGCUGGAGAUGACUGUGGCGUUUAAGAGGCGAAUUGAAAAAACUAUUAGGCAUAUUAUGGAUCUUAAAGUUCCCCCACAGUAA